AAUGAAUUUGCAGACAGCAUGUUUUAUAACGUGAUGGAUGCAUCUGACUUCCUAAAUCAUUGGCAGGCUUAAUUUACGUAACAAAUGAAUGUUCCCCACUCCUUUUUUUUUUUUAACUUUUGAAAGAGGAAAUUAGUAGGCUGCUGCCAAGUAGCUUUUCUCAUACUCUAAAGGGAGUGAAAUGAUUGUUUAGAACUGCUGGUCACUGUGGAUUAUCCCUCAAAUAACAAAGGAACGUCAAGAUUUGUGUCCAAGUCCAUGUUGAUGGUUGGGAUAAACCGGAAGAACGUCAAACCACUUAGGAGAUGUGUGGCGGCACAACGAAGACCACAUACCAGCCAGGGGGCUGGCAAGAUUCAGCCAGAUGUGUGAGUGAUGCCGUUUCUGGUGCUGGGAGAAUUUACAAGACUCUUUUAUGCACAAAGAUUCGAAAACGUGCGGGGGUAGGAAGGAACACUGAUCACAAGGGACUCCACAACAGUUGGUCAUGUUCGGAGUUCGACCUGAAUGAGAUUCGCCUGAUAGUUUACCAGGACUGUGAAAGGAGAGGCAGACAAAUCUUGUUUGAUUCUAAAGCUGUUCAAAAGAUUGAAGAAGUGGCAGCUCAGAAAACAGAGGAUGUCCCUAUUAAAAUGUCCCCCAAGUGCUGUCAAGGAAGCAGCAGCAGCAGCAGCAGCAUCUCUUCACAUGGUUCUUCCGGGGGAUCUUUACACCACGCUAAGGAGCAGCUUCCAAAGUACCAGUAUACAAGACCAGCUUCUGAUGUCAACAUGUUAGGGGAAAUGAUGUUUGGCUCAGUUGCAAUGAGUUACAAAGGCUCCACCUUAAAGAUACACUAUAUACGCUCUCCUCCACAACUGAUGAUUAGUAAAGUCUUCUCUGCUAGAAUGGGCAGCUUCUGUGGAAGUACAAAUAACUUGCAAGACAGCUUUGAAUACAUCAACCAAGAUCCUAACUUGGGAAAACUGAACACAAAUCAGAAUAAUUUGGGUCCUUGUCGUACUGCAAGUAACCUAGGUCUGCUGCAAGCUUGCAGCAGCAAACUGCUGCAGGGGUUAGCUGAAGGAGGACCCCUCCGGCUCACCCGGAGUGCUUCUUUCUUUGCAGCACACAGCACACCAGUUGAUAUGCCAAGCAGAGGGCAGAAUGAAGACAGAGACAGUGGCAUUGCUCGAUCAGCCUCACUAAGCAGUCUUCUGAUUACGCCUUUCCCAUCUCCAAGCUCCUCUACAUCCUCUUCCAGCAGUUACCAGCGCCGCUGGCUUCGAAGUCAGACAACGAGUCUGGAAAAUGGCAUCUUUCCAAGGAGGUCAACUGAUGAGACAUUCAGCUUGGCUGAAGAAACCUGUAGUUCUAAUCCAGCCAUGGUUAGAAGAAAGAAAAUUGCCAUAAGCAUCAUCUUUUCCUUGUGUGAGAAAGAAGAAGCACAAAAGAAUUUCCAGGACUUCUUUUUUUCUCAUUUUCCCCUGUUUGAAUCUCACAUGAACAGGCUGAAGAGUGCAAUUGAAAAGGCCAUGAUCUCCUGCAGGAAAAUUGCAGAAUCAACCCUCCGCGUCCAGUUUUAUGUCAGCCGUCUGAUGGAAGCUCUGGGGGAAUUCAGAGGAACUAUCUGGAACUUAUAUUCUGUUCCAAGGAUAGCGGAACCUGUAUGGCUUACCAUGAUGUCUAGCACUUUGGAAAAAACCCAGCUCUGCCAGCGCUUUCUCAAGGAGUUUACACUUCUAAUAGAACAGAUCAACAAAAACCAGUUUUUUGCUGCCUUAUUGACUGCAGUGUUAACCUACCACCUGGCCUGGGUGCCAACUGUCAUGCCUGUGGAUCACCCUCCCAUUAAAGCCUUCUCGGAGAAACGCACCUCUCAGUCAGUGAACAUGCUGGCCAAGACACAUCCAUAUAAUCCACUCUGGGCGCAGCUGGGUGAUCUUUACGGAGCCAUAGGCUCUCCAGUGAGACUGACUCGCACCGUGGUGGUAGGGAAACAGAAGGAUUUGGUCCAGCGCAUACUUUAUGUCCUCACAUACUUUCUCCGUUGCUCCGAGCUGCAAGAGAACCAGCUGACCUGGAGUGGGAAUCACAGUGAAGGUGACCAAGUUUUAAAUGGGAGCAAGAUUAUAACAGCCUUGGAGAAAGGAGAAGUGGAGGAGUCUGAGUAUGUGGUAGUUACAGUGAGAAAUGAGCCUGCUCUCGUACCCCCCAUCCUACCGCUAACGACAGCUGAGAGAAAGAACUCCCAGCAUGCGAGGUUACCUGAGACCCUGGAGGGCACUGACAUCAGAGACCUGGGUCCCAAACCUGACAAAGAAGGAAACAAGAGGUCAGAGCAGAGUUCUGAGGCUUGUAGCAUGGGAUUCCAAGAGGCAGCAUUAGACAGUUCUUGGAAACUUCAGGGCGCAUUUUGUGGGGAUGAAGAAAGUUUAAAAGAGGCACUGCAAGAUGGCUCUUCAAGAUUUUCCAGCUGCGAAGGGCUAGGGACAGGAAUGAAGAUCCACCAACAAACCGCCAGUGAGCAGUUGAAAGGGGAGAUGCCCAGGAAACUACCAGACCGGUCAGCAGCCUGGCCUUGCCCCGACAGACAUUUCCGUGAGAAGCCUCCUUUAGAAAAGGUCACUUUCCAGAUUGGAAGCUCCGCAUCUCCAGAGUCUGACUUUGAAAGCCGCACAAAAAAAAUGGAAGAGCGGCUAAGGGCCUGCAGACAAUGUCCAGAGUCAGCCAGUCCCUCGGCCGAGCCCAGGACGGCCACUGACGGGGCUCAGGACCCGCGGGUUUCUAGGUGCUUCUUCAAACCUGGCUUUCAAAAGAAUGUCUGCUGUCCUCAGAAUCAGUCUUCUGAGGGGGACGAAGGUGAGUCUGACAGGGGUUUCGCUGAGGACAGAGGCAUCAGAGCCAACACCGCCACAGAGGCUGCUGGGCAAGUCAACCACGCUGCUGGCUCGGGUGCAGCUGCCGGCACUGCGGCGGGAACCGGAAGGGGGACGCUGGAGAAAACGCGAGGUUUGUAUCUGAAGGCUGCGGAAGGGCCUCUGUUAGAGCCUGUUGCAGACAGGUGUGUCCAGCAGGACUCUGGCCUCUCGGUUGCUGCAGAUGUCCCCUGUGGGGAUGACGAUGAGAAGGCCGACUUCAGGGUCGAAGGAGACAUUCCGAGGAAUGAAAGCUCCGACAGCGCUCUUGGAGACAGUGACGACGAAGCAUGUGCUUCAGCCACACCAGAUCUAGGUCACAGUGAUGACAGGACCGAAGGGUGCUUGGAAGUGGAGCUGCCCUUGCCAAGGUCUCAGAGCAUCAGCACCCAGAAUGUAAGAAACUUUGGCCGCUCACUUCUGGCAGGUUAUUGCCCCACGUACAUGCCUGACCUCGUGCUUCAUGGGACCAGCAGUGACGAGAAGCUGAAGCAGUGCCUGUUGGCCGACCUGGCCCACACAGUUCAUCACCCAGUGCUCGAUGAGCCAAUAGCCGAGGCCGUCUGUAUCGUCGCAGACACGGACAAGUGGACCGUCCAGGUGGCCACGAGUCAGAGGAAGGUGACGGACACCACGAAACUGGGCCAGGACGUGUUGGUGUCCAGCCAGGUGUCCAGUUUACUCCAGUCCAUUUUACAGCUUUACAAACUUCACCUCCCAGCAGAUUUUUGCAUCAUGCAUCUCGAAGACAGACUACAGGAGAUGUACCUUAAAAGUAAAAUGCUGUCUGAAUAUCUUCGGGGACACACACGAGUCCACGUGAAAGAAUUAGGUGUUGUACUGGGGAUUGAAUCCAAUGACCUGCCUCUGUUGACUGCUAUUGCCAGUACACAUUCUCCUUAUGUGGCUCAAAUACUCUUAUAAGCUAAAGCUCAGGACAGUUCUUCCUCGGAAGAAAAAAAUCAAAUUCUCAACUGAAGGAGAAAGGAAUAAAGCUAUCUGUGACGUCAAAAGCAUAAGAAGAGCAAACAAACAGUCAUUCCACCUUUUUGUUUUGUGUUUUUGUUUUCAAGCGGCUGCUUCAUUGGAAGCCUUAGGUUUACUUGACAUAGUGGCAUUUGUGACUGUCAUGAACACUUUAAGCCUUUUGUUACCCAUGAAUCAACAGAGAGAGUGACCUUUUUUGUAGGAGGAAACAUAAGCACUACAGGAAACACUAAGCUGUCGCUACAGAUUGCCUUGUGCUGUUUGGACAGAAGAAGAACCAGUGACUUUGGAGCAGGGAGGUAAACAAUGUACAUAACAUUCCAGGAGGAAACCAUGUCCAAGUUUUAAGCAUGAGCACUCCAGACUGGAGAAAGCUUAUUUUGCCAUUCUGAGAAGACAGAACAAGGACGUUGUAGUCCAGAUCGGAGUUUGCUUUUUACACAAGGUGAAAAGAAGAAAGCCGCAUUGUACCAUCUUCAGCUCUGGUGGCUGUAGCAGUUACUGUUUGAAAGAGGAUAGCCUGUUGGAAAGAGUGCUUUAGGAGCCCACUGUUUUCAUUUCUUCUUGGAGUUUACCUUGUUUCAGAUGUAGCCACAGGUAGGUCAGAGAUGGAUUGUUGGUGCAAUAAACCCAAGAAUCAAUGUAGCAUCUUAAUCCCAUCAAGAUGUAGUUUGUAGCAGCGAAGUGUACAGUCUGAAACCAUAUGUUAUAUCCUUCUACUUUAGAGCUUUCACCAGCCUUUUUAAGAGAGGCCAUUUACCAAAGUUAUUUCUAUAAGCUCAAGAGUGUUUCUGUUGGUAAGUUCUUCCAGCUGAAGCCACUUUGUUAGAAUAGUUAAUACAAAUGACUAUUUAUACUUUAAAAGGCACAGCUGUCCUGGUGGGAAACGAAACCUGCAACAGUUCAGCAUGACUAGUGAAAGCAAUUAGUCUGAACGUUUAGAAACAAUUCUCAUAUGAUCUGAAUUUUUACAUUAUCAUUGCUGUGCCUUCUAAUCCCUAUGUCCCUUUUCAAAACAUCUUUUCAGAAACUAAUUUACCCAUUGUAUAAAACCUACCAAAAUGAAUUGUUUAGCCCAGUUUACUUUUUAAAAAAACCAAACCUUAAUUUUCUGUUAAUAUAAAACACUGUAGUUUUACUGACCCUGAAACAGACUAUCGUAAAAGACUUUCUAAAAAAAUUGGCCAUUAAAAGAUAGGAGCUAAUGUUGUAAAACAAAACAUUGUUAGCACUUCACCGAUCUUGAGUGCAAGUGCAGUUGCUUGUAACCAAGCUCUGGUUUCCUUUCACCGUUUUAUGAAUUAAUUCCAGUUCUUUCCAUCCAUCCUUUGUUCCUAAGAUGAAAUAAUCUCCCUUUUAGAGAUAAGAAUGACUUCAAAUGUUCUAUUUGAUAAAAUCCUGAUCCUGUACACCAAGUUAACACAAGUUUGUCUCUUUAUUCUUUUGCAAAUGCAAAUUAUUUGUUUGAAAGAGUAUACCAGCAGUACCAAUGGAGAAAAAUCAACGUAUUAUUUCUAAGGAGUAAUUCCUAGGAAUAGGUCAUAACUGCUACCUUUCCCUCUUUUUUUUACAAUGCAAAGUGUAGAUGGGUGCAUUAAGGCUCUUAAGAUCUUUAAUUUUCAUUUUAUGUCAUUCAUAAAAUUGAGGUUUUCCAUUUCCUUUUACCUAACAUUUGACUUUGGUAUUUUAAAUUCUCUAGUUCCAUGACAUUAUUGUUUGCUGUUAUGUUACAGAAAGAGAAUGAACCUCACCUGUGGCUCAGCUUCCUCAGCAUUCGUUUCUCAUUGCAUGUGAAUGUUACAACUUUUCCAUCCGCACCAGUUUUUAAAGCAUUCCCCUCAUCUCUAGUUCCCUUUUCCUUGUUUACAUGUUUUGGGCACUUUCCCUCAUUCACCAUCUUCCAGGUUUUCACAGAAAAAUAACUUGAUACAAAUCAGUUCAAUUCUAAUGUGGACAUAGUGGCAUGUUGAAAAUUCGACCCCUAUAGGGGAAAUUAAAGGGUUGAUUCCGAACUCUAUACAUAAAAAAAAAAUUAGCCUAGACCCUCAUUAAGCCUGAGAAAAUUUAAUUUGCCUCUUAAUCUAAUGUUCUAAAACUCUUCAAAACUGCAGGUGGGUCCUGGGUGGGAGUUGUCUCAGCAACACUCAGGAUUCCAGUCCCAGCCUAAUCAUUUCUAUCGCCUACAAAAACAGACCAAGAAUGUUGCUGCUCUUUUGUAAUCCUACUUUAAAUACUUAACAUGCAAGUUUUCUUUGUCUUAAAUUCAACCUCUUCCCAAAAGCAAAAAAGAAAAAAAUCUCAUGGAAGUGUGUUGAGAUACACCCACUCUCCCAUCGGGCACCACCCAGUGGCUUCAUUCUGGCUGAGCCCAAGAGGCAAGAAAGGGAUCCCACCUGCUCCCAUGACCACCUCGAGAAAAAAAUAAAAAUUAAAAAAAAAAAAAGAAAUCUACCUCAGUUGACAGGAUUCCACCUUUAGGGUUUCUUCAACUUUUAAGUCUUACCUGUUGAGUGUAACUUUUGUAGCAUCUUGCUUUUUUUAAGCAAGCUAGUGAGGCAUGACAGAGCAGAAGUGUGUAAAUGUUACUGUGAUGGACCUCUUUCUAGCAUGUUGCAGUUUUAUUUUUAAUAAAUUGAUAAGUGAAAUGAAUGUAAAGGUAAUUGACGUUUUAAACAUGACAAUGAAAAUUUAAAAUGUAGCUUCCAUCCUUGUGCAUAAUUCCAAAGUAUUUUAUUUUUUAUCAGUGUUAAAGAGCUUUUUGUACAGGCUUCAGUCCAUUUUUCUGAAGUGUGCUGUUUUUUAAUGAAAGUAAUUAUAAUCUUUUCACAUCCCAUGGAACUGCCGUUUACACAUUGCAACUUUUUAAACUUACCAUAUUUUUCAAAAUUAACUUUUUUGAAGGGAGGAAAAUCCCCACAUGCUAAAUGAUACUAAACUGUUGUUUGUGCUCUUAUAAUUAGGUCCUGAGAUUUUAUAAAAAUUUAGUCUGUAGCUUUUUAGGUUCUUCACUAGAGUUGGUUGUACAUAAAAAUAAAGAAUACAAAGUGACCCCAAAAUUCUUUUAAAUGUCUGGCUUUUUCCACUAAUAUGUACUUUUGAGAGCAUUUUGUCCAUGCAUAUUUUCACCAUUAAAUUGAAAAAGUCUUUAGCUUCUCUUGGUAAAUGUGAACCGUUUGUCUUUUUAUUGUGUUUUGGGGGAGAGGAUAUUUUAAUAUAAUUUUUGCCUAAAUCAGGCAGCCCCCUCUGAAUGUUAAUUUUUAAAUGUCAAGAUUUGAUGAACCAUACAUCUUAGAAGUGAGAUUGCAAUAUGCUUAAAUUUAAAUGGUGUUUAAAAAAGGAGAAAAUUCUGGGAUUUAUUAUUAUUUGAAGCUCCAUGAAGAGAAACUCAUAGGACUUUAUAUUUUUGAUCAGUUGCAUAGCUACCAAUGUCAUUGUAUGGAAAUUUUUGUUAAAACUUGUUCAUGUAUUAUUUUGAUCCAUUUUUUUCUGUGGCAUUUGGUGCAAUAAACCUUUUGAAUUUAUCUUGAA